UUAAGGUGCUAGGCCCCUGUGAGGCCUGCAUGAUCUGGGGUGUGGCCUUGCACAGCCACAGUAGUAGAGGGUGAGGGGGGGUGUCAAACCGUCAACUGUUUCCUGACUUUGUACUUCAAGGUACUUUGAUGUGGCUUUCCUCCAUUUUCUUCCUCCACCUCUUGAGUGAAUGGCCGUGAACUGGGCUACAGGAGUCCUGUGGAUCACCAAGUGGGUAGGCUCCCUUGCCCAGAGAUCGCUCUGUGUCCCAGCCAGACUACACAUCCUGCUGAGCAAUGGCUGACCCUUCACUCCCGUUUCCAAGAUGGCUACUGUCAAGUGUGAACUUAUUAAGAAUUUCACUUCAGAGGAAACCGUUCAUCACAAUAAGAUCUCCAUUAUAGGAACCGGAUUGGUUGUCAUGGCCUGUGCUAAUAGCAUCUUAUUAAAAGGCUUGAGUGAUGAACUUGCCUUUGUGGAUGUUGAUGAAGGCAAACUGAAGGUCUUCAGAGUUGAAGAAAUCCUUGAACAAGCAGACUACCUAUAUGAAAGUGGAGAAACAGGAAAACUUUACCAGUUGCUAUCCCAGUACAAGGAAAGUGAAGAUGCAGAGUUAUUGUGGCGUUUGGCACGGGCAUCACGUGAUAAAGCUCAACUCAGUGGAACCUCAGAAGAGGAGAAAAAACUCUUGUUGUAUGAAGCCCUAGGGUAUGCAAAAAGGGCACUAGAAAAAAAUGAAUCAAGUUUUGCAGCUCAUAAGUGGUAUGCAAUCUGUAUUAGCGAUGUUGGAGAUUAUGAAGGAAUCAGGGCUAAAAUUGCAAAUGCCUACGUGAUCAAGGAGCAUUUUGAGAAAGCAAUUGAACUCAACCCUAAAGAUGCUACUGCAAUUCACCUUAUGGGUAUUUGGUGUUACACAUUUGCUGAAAUGCCUUGGUAUCAAAGAAGAAUUGCUAAAAUGCUGUUUGCAACUCCUCCUAGUUCCACCUAUGAGGAGGCCUUAGGCUACUUUCACAGGGCAGAGCAAGUGGAUCCAAACUUCUAUAGCAAAAACUUGCUCCUUCUAGGAAAGACAUAUUUGAAGCUACACAACAAAAAGCUUGCUGCUUUCUGGCUAACAAAAGCCAAGGACUAUCCAGCGCACACAGAGGAGGAUAAACAGAUACAGACAGAAGCUGCUCAGUUGCUUACAGGUUUCAGUGACAAGAACUGAGAAUUUUUCAGUGAAAUAUCUAAGAAGCAGUGCCUUUUCAUCAAAUUAUAAAGAUAAUAAAUACAUUAACUAUA